ACUGAGGCGGGGGGCGCGCCGGGAACCGACACGUUCCGCCCCGCAGCCCCCGGCGGCAGAACCGCCCCGUGCGCCGCGCGCCCAGGGCAGCAGCAGCAUGAGCGGCUCCUCCGGGCGCGCGAGCCGCUGAGUCUCGCCCGCCGCCGGGGCCUCUCGGAUGCUCGAGGCCCCUCCGGGCUGAGGAUGCUGAAGAUGAAGCUGCCGCUGAAACAGACGAGCCACCGGGCGGAGGAGGCGGCGGGGAUGGGGCUGAAGGAGCCUGGCAGCCGAGACUGUCACCUCCAGCUGCAGCAGGUGCCCCGGCCGCCUCCCCGAGGCGGGGCGUCGGCGGGGUGCGGGCGGGAGCGGCCCAGCCAGCUGCCUGGCUUGGGCCCGGGACCUGGGCCGCCGCCGGCUCCUGCCGCGGGCGUGGCGGCCUCCCGCACGGACAAGGAGACGGUGUACGAGUGGUUCGGCCUAGUGCUGGGCUCGGCGCAGCGGCUGGAGUUCAUGGUGGGGCUGCUGGACUUGUGCAACCCGCUGGAGCUGCGCUUCCUGGGCUCCUGCCUGGAGGACCUGGCCCGCAAGGACUACCACUGCCUGCGCGAUGCCGAGGCCAAGGCCAACGGGCUCAGCGACCCUGGGCAGCUGGGAGACUUCCGAGACCCGGCCGUGCGCUCCAAGCUCAUCGUCUACCUGGCGCUGCUGGGCUCCGAGAACCGAGAGGCCGCUGCCCGCCUCCACUGCCUGCUGCCCCAGGUGGACUCCGUCCUGAAGAGCUGCGGGGCUCGCGUGCGGGAGGAGGAUGGGCCCGAGGAGGACAUGGAAGGGCCUGGAGAAAACGGCCAGGCCCUCCCUGCUGAGAGCCUGGGCUUCGGGGCGCAGGAGGAGCUACUGUUGCUGUUCACCAUGGCCUCUCUGCACCCAGCCUUUUCCUUCCACCAGCGGGUCACCCUGAGAGAGCACCUGGAGCGACUGCGGAGGACCCUUUUUGGGGACCAGGAGGAAGAUGCCUUCGGCCCUGCAGCUCAGAAUGACUUUUCCCAUAAUGACUGCAUGCCAAGUAAUGAGAACAGUUUGGAUCACAUCACACCACCUCAUGAUGGACUUUCGAUGGCCUCUCAUAGACCUCAGCGGGAAGCUGUACACAUUGAGAAGAUAACACUGAAAGGAGUACCAAGAAAAAGGGCUGACAAACAUUUGGAGUACACCUUCAAAGUAACCUGGUCUGAUCUUUCUGUAACAUGUGUAACAAAAACACAUCAAGAGCUGCAGGAGUUCCUACUAAAACUUCCAAAGGAACUGUCUUCUGAAGCGUUUGACAAGACCAUUUUACGAGCACUAAAUCAGGGUUUCCAGAAGAAGGAAGAACGGCGGCACCCAGAUCUAGAGCCAAUAAUAAGGCAGCUAUUUUCAAAUAUGUCACAGGCUUUUCUGCAGAGUCGGAGAGUAUACAACUUCUUCCAGUCAAUUUCAUCAGAAUCUUUGCGUACACUCAGUAACUUACAACCCUCUUUGAAGACAGCUAAGGCAUCAGAACACUUCAAGGAGGACAGUUCAGAGGCUUCAAGUCAGGAGGAAGAUGUAAUGCAGCACACAUCAGUCCAUAAAAAACAUAACGGGAAAAGUCCUGUUGCCAACACUGGCAGUACAAAAUGUUCUUCACUGGAUGGCCUUAACAUAAAACACUCUGAACAGAAUGGGGUAGUGGAUUGGAGAAGAAAAAACUGCACUGUUCAACAGCAUCCAGAGCACUGUACAAACUUACUUGAUCAGCAUGCAGGAGAGAAACGGGGCUUAUCUUCAAUAAGCAAGAAGAAAGGAAAGCCACAACUGGAAAAGGAUAAAAUAAAGAAAACUGACAGCAGAUUGAGCAAUAGGAUUAAUGGAGUUAGAGUUGCAGCAACACAGCACAUCCAUGCAGGGGCAGUAAAAGAUCUGAAUUUGGACGUUGGAUCUGGACAUGACACAUGUGGAGAAACGUCUUCAGAGAGUUACAGUUCUCCUUCUAGCCCACGACACGGGAGGGAAAGCUUUGAAAGUGAAGAAGAGAAAGACAGAGAUACAGACAGCAAUUCAGAGGACUCUGGGAAUCAAGAUGCAGCCAGGUUUACUGUUUAUGGUGCCGUAAGUCCAUCAAACAUCAAAGCAGCAGCUCAGAUUCCUUCAGUGAGUAAUGAGAAUGGAAGUAUUUCAGAGGAUCCUUUAAAUUCAAAGUUUCAACAUAUUUCAUUUAUGCCUGCCUUACACUGUGUGAUGCACAAUGGUGCACAGAAACCUGAAGUUGUAGUUCCACCACCCAUAUCUGCUGAUGGUAAAACAAUGGGAAUGCUUGUUACCGCUCCUGUCGCUAUAUCGCCAAUGAGAGAAUCUGCAAAUUCAACUCCAGUUGGAAUAGGGCCAGUGACUUCUGGUGAAUCUGAAAAACGCCUUGAGCUGUUGGCUUCCCCUCUACCAGUACCAUCCACUUUUCUUCCACAUUCUGUCCAGCCUGGUAGCCCAGCUUUGCACUUGGCAAUACACAGAUUGAAAAUACCCUCUCCGCAGGGAUCAUCUGAAAAUUGCACAGUUAAUGGACCACAGCAACCAACAGGAAACUUAAGCAUUGGCUCACCAAAUACUGCCUUUAUCCCAGUCCAUAGCCCAGGUAGUUUUCCAGGAUCCCCAGUUCCUAAUACAGAUCCCAUCACAAAACCUGCAUCCCAAGUAGUAGGACUGAAUCAAAUGGUGCCUCAUAUUGAGGGGAACACCGGAGCAAUCCCUCAGCCUACCAGUCUAAAGGUAGUUCUUCCCGCAGCUGGUCUUUCAACAGCACCUCCACCAACUUCCUAUACUUUGCCAGGCACUCCUCAUGCUACCAGUGUGUUGCCCAACCAGAAUACAAAUGUGCUGAACACUGUAGCAACUUCCACACCUCAAUCAGCUGGUUUAGGUGUUGGUCAGAUCCAGUCAACUAUUCCCCCUGCAAUACCUACCCAUACACCAGGCCCUGCCCCUAGCCCAAGCCCUGCUUUAACACACAGCACUGCGCAGAGUGACAGCACAUCCUAUAUAAAUGCUGUUGGAAAUACUAACACUAAUGGGACUUUAAUGCCUCCACAGCAGUUGGGGUCUGGGGCUUGUGGUUCUUGUGGACGUAGAUGCAGCUGUGGGUCCAACGGAAGCCUUCAGAUCAAUAGCUAUUUUUAUCAUAACCCUAUUCAUGGACAAGUCUACAGAGUUCCACCUUUCUUCACUCUGCCAUCUCUUUGCAAUGGCAGCUACCUCAACCAGGCACAUCAAAGCAAUGGAACACAACUUCCUUUUUUUCUGCCUCAGACUCCAUAUGCAAAUGGACUGAUGCAUGACCCAGUAAUGGGGAGUCAAGCCAACUAUGGUAUGCAGCAAAUGGCAGGAUUUGGGAGGUACUAUCCUGUAUAUCCAGCACCUAACGUAGUUGCCAACACAAAUGGAUCGGGGCCCAAGAAGAAUGGGAGUGUUUCAUGUUACAAUUGUGGUAUAAGUGGACACUAUGCACAGGACUGUAAGCAGUCAUCCAUGGAGGCCAAUCAGCAAGGCACUUACAGACUGAGAUACGCACCUCCCCCUCCCCCUUCCAAUGAUACGUUGGAUUCUGCAGACUGAAACAAGUAAAACAUUGCCUACAUAACAAACUGAAGUUUGGGGAAUUGGAGGGGAGAGGGAAUGUUUCCUGUGGUCUUGCAUUUAGAAUAUCCUGGUUUUAUAUUCUUUUGGAAUUUUUCAUAGCUCCUGCACCUCUGUUCAAUGCAAAAGAAGAAAAUUGAGUCCCUGAUCUCCUGAGUCUGCAAAAAGCUUACAUAAUGCAUGCAACUCAGACACACAGCCAAACAAUCAAAAGAGCAUUUGAACCAUACUUUUGCACUGAAGACUUAAGUCGUGCAAUGUUUACUGCAUUUUUUUAAAAUGUCCUUUGAGCUCUGACAUCACUGGUGGAGCAGCCAUAUGGUUGAAAGAAGAAACUUGGUCAUGUUCCCUCACAAUCGCCCCCCCUUCUGUCCCACCCCACUCCACCUCCAGCCUGUUCUCCUUAUGCUGCUGUUUUUGUUUUUCUCCCACCUUCACUGUGUCCACAUGGUUUCAUUGGCCUGCAUGAGUAUUUGGCAGUUUAUACAGAGUUUGUCCAUACUAUAGCAAAUUGUUAUGCUCAUGAAUUAUAUGGGGAAAUUGUUUAGCCUUCCUGUGAGGAGCAAAACUAAAGACUCACGGAAUUGUGUAUAUAUGUAAUAUCUUGUAUUAUACAUACACACAGCUCUGAGUCCAGAGUAAAUGAAAAUACUUCAAGUGGGAAGGGAAUGAAACUGUGUGGACGUGAACAGAUGUAUGAACAUGAACAAGCUUAAACUGAAAGAUCUUAUUUCCAUUGUGAUGUUUUAGCCUGAUUGAUGCAAGAGAAAAAGGGGGCGGGGGGUUGGUAUGAAUGUCGUAUUCCAUGUGUUUGCAUUUCUAAUGAAAGCUGACAGUGAGUACUUUUUUAAAAGCUAUUCUACUUCUGUGUCAAUACAGAAUGAACAUUACUUGAUUUUGAUUUUCCCCUAAACUAUUAGUGUUGCAUUGUAUUUAGAAUGUAAAUGGUUUAUUUCAGUCUGAACAAAAGUUAUGGUUUUCUAAAAAAUAAGUAUUUGUAUUAGGACCAGUCUACCAAAUAGCAAAGUCACUAUUUUAUAAUAAUUUACCACUAUGCGUGAUUAUGGUAUAAUGUGAAAGACUGAAAUGUGUGUGCUAAGAUGGUAUUAAUCAUGUUGGUGUCAUGUCAAUAAGUUUUAAUGCUGCUGUAUUUUUAUUUUUAAAAGCCAAUAUGUACUAAAUUGCUUCCAGGUAAUAUUUGAUUUCCUAAAGUGCACUGAGGUUAUCUGGAAGAUUGAGUGUAUUUUUCAUGACUGCUACAUUCAACACCAAUGAACAAUUACCACUGUAUAUCCAUAGGUUUUUGGCAUUCCUCACAGUUCAUAGCAGAAAUGAAAGCAAGAUGCUGGUAUGCAGUAGGGUGACAAAAGUAAAAUUGUCUGGGGGUUCAGCUGCCUAAUUGCUAAACAAAAACUUGAAGAAAAAAAGCUUGAUUUACUAAAUGUCUUCGUAGGUAGCAUUUAUAUUUAUAGCACCAGUAUACAUUUCUCCCCCUUGGGGUGGGGUAGGGUAGAUGAAAGCUUUACUUUAAAAAGAAAAGAAAAAGUAAGUAGUAAAUGGAAAUUAUUUUGAUUAAAAAUAUUUUAUUUGAUCUGGGUAUUUUUGGACCGCAUUAUUAAAUGAAUUAACUACAUUUGAGUUUAAGUGAGGGUGUUAAAGCACCAAUGGACUCAGAUUGUGAAUUACCUGCCAGUUGUACUUUAUGGAACUUAUUUUAUGAUUUAAAAUACUGUACUGUAAAUAGGAGGUAUGUUACCUUCUCUUUAUUUGUAUGUUUACCAUAUACUUUGAUAUUUGAAAUGUUAUGUACUGGAAAGGUCACUUAUAUUUCUAGAACAGAUUGGAUUUUAUGCAACCUUUCUUCCUUGAAUUAACAGCAAUAAAAAAGGAAAAAAGCGUC